UUUUGUAUGAAUCUUUCAAUCAGUCACCACCACCACCACCACACAGGAGAGAACCCUGGUUUCAAUCAGGAGUGGUAGCAAAGAUGUCUUCAUCGCUAUCUUACGCUGCUCCCAUUUCCAGACUCCCUUCUUCUCAUUCGCCAAAUUCAACACCUCUCUUUCCUUCUAGCAUCCGUUCGCAUGUAUCUUACCCCAUUUCUCACACCAAUCGCUUGUUGAAGUUUGGUGUCAAAUGCAGCUAUGCCGAUGCAGGCAUAAAGGACACCAAUUCCGUCACCAUAGAUGUUGAAGCAAAUAUCAAGGCUGAGAAGAUUGUAGUGUUGGGGGGCAGUGGCUUUGUCGGUUCGGCUAUAUGCAAGGCUGCAGUAUCAAGGGGCAUAGAAGUCAUAAGCCUAAGCAGGUCAGGACGGCCGACUACCUUGAGUUCAUGGGAAGAUCAGGUGACUUGGAUCACGGGAGAUGUUUUCUAUGUAAAUUGGGAUGAGGUACUUCCUGGUGCUACCGCGGUGAUUUCAACCCUAGGAGGCUUUGGUAGUGAGGAACAAAUGCAACGAAUCAACGGUGAAGCGAAUGUUAUUGCUGUAACCGCUGCCAAGGAAUAUGGAAUUCCGAAGUUUAUCUUGAUCUCGGUGCAUGACUAUAACAUACCGUCAUUUCUACUUUCGUCUGGGUACUUCACAGGAAAGCGAAAAGCCGAAUCUGAGGUUCUUUCCAAAUACCCAAAUUCUGGUGUUGUAUUAAGACCUGGAUUCAUAUACGGAAAAAGAAAGGUGGGCGAUUACGAAAUCCCGCUCGAUUUGAUAGGCGAACCGCUUGAAAGAUUUMUCMGUGCCACGWCAAGCUUCACCAAACCKCUGAGUUCUCUACCAGCCKYUGAUCKASUUUUMGCUCCUCCURUUWGUGUCGAUGAUGUUGCAGUGGCUGCAGUAAAUGCAGUAAAAGAUGACGAUUUCUUUGGCAUUUUUACAAUCAACCAAAUCAAGGAAGCUGCCGGUGGUGUGAAAGUGUAAGCGGGUGCGAUCGUGGCAUAGUCGAUGAUGCGUAUAUAUAAUUAUAUAUAGAUAUAUCGUAUAGCAUAUCGAUAUACGAAGUUGUAACGAGUAAUUACUGCAUGAUAUGCAAUACAAAGAUGCAUUAUGAAGGCUUGUAAUUGAGAAUUAGAGCUCUUGAUAUAUAUUUAAAUGAACUUUCUCCAUUUGAUGCU